AUGGUCCUCACGCAUACCACCGGGCACACAUACUCUCACCCGUUCCCCACCGUCACCCUCGCCUACUUCCUACGGUACUCUUCUCCACAGCUCAACCCCUUCGCCACACAUGUAUUGAGCACCGACACCAUCUCCAGCCGUGUCGACCCGGACACGCAACGGAUACACACGACACGAAUCCAUCUGAAGAAGAGCCGGCUUCCAAAGGCCAUUUACAAGCUCUUGCCGCGAAGCAUGACGGGAGGUUCCAGGGAUAAGGCAUCGUACAUCCUCGAGACCAGCGUCGUCGACAUCAAGGAGGGCUGGAUGAAGACGGAGAGCCGCAACCUCAACUUCACGGGCGUUUUGUCCGUCAUCGAGAGACAACAGUUUAGCGUCCCGUCGGAGGCAGAUCGCGGCCUCAACGCGUCCCGGAACGAGACCGACGUUCGCACCUCGGUCGUCUUUCGCUCGAGGCUGGGCGAGAAGCUCCGCGGAAGGCUUGGCCAAGCUCACGAGGAUGGCUGGCUGACGGGCUUCAUCGGCGGAUGGGGCGCCAAAAGCAUCCAGCGCAGCAUCGAGACGGUUGCCUCUUCCAAGUCCAUGGACCAGCUCGGCAGGAGCCGCGAUGGCAUGCGGCUCGUGCUCGAGCGAAUCCGCAAUAACGGUGUGAUUGGCGUGCUGGAGACGCUUCGCACGGAACGCCAGAUGCGGAUGGUGUGA